CUGCUGAGGAGGAGGAGGAGGAGGAGGAGGAGGAAGAGCAGCUCUGCCUGGCUGUGAUGUGAUGCCGCUGGAUGAUGGCUGCUUUCGGGAUCCUAAGUUACGAACACCGGCCUUUAAAGAGGCCCCGACUCGGCCCUCCGGACGUUUACCCACAAGACCCGAAGCAGAAAGAGGAUGAGUUGACUGCACUGAAUGUGAAACAAGGAUUCAAUAACCAACCAGCUGUGUCUGGUGAUGAACAUGGCAGUGCCAAAAAUGUCAACUUCAAUCCUUCAAAGAUCAGUUCAAACUUCAGCAGCAUCAUUGCAGAGAAGCUGCGUUAUAGCACGUUUCCAGACACGGGGAAACGCAAGCCGCAGGUCAACCAGAAGGAUAAUUUCUGGCUUGUCACAGCAAGGUCACAGAGCUCCAUCAAUAACUGGUUCACGGAUUUAGCGGGGACUAAACCUCUGACACAGCUGGCUAAAAAGGUUCCAAUCUUUAGCAAAAAGGAGGAGGUUUUUGGAUACUUGGCCAAGUACUCGGUCCCUGUCAUGCGCUCAGCAUGGAUGAUCAAGAUGACCUGUGCGUAUCACGCAGCCAUCACAGAGACUAAAGUCAAGAAGAGGCACGUGAUUGAUCCUUGUAUAGAAUGGACUCAGAUUAUUACUAAGUACCUGUGGGAGCAGCUUCAGAAGGUGGCCGAGUUUUACAGACAGUUUCCCAGUCAGGGCUGCAGCUCGCCACUACCAGCCACUCCUGCUGACGUGGAGACGGCCAUGAAGCAGUGGGAGUACAACGAGAAGCUAGCCAUGUUCAUGUUUCAGGAUGGUAUGUUAGACAGACACGAGUUCCUGACGUGGGUGCUGGAGUGUUUUGAGAAGGUCCGACCUGGUGAAGACGAGCUUCUCAGACUUCUCCUGCCGCUUUUACUACAGUACUCAGGGGAAUUUGUACAGUCGGCUUACUUGUCACGGAGGCUGGCUUACUUCUGCACACGCCGCCUCAACCUGUUGCUAAGCGACGGGAGCCUGGGCCCCGGCACAGGAGGGCAUCCAGCCCAUGGCAUGUUGACGCAGCAAGGUAACGCCCUGCCCCCCACCCCGACCUCGCAGCCGGUGGGAGGGAACCAGCUCCAGACGGCUUUCACAGACUUCUACAUCUGCCCUCAGCACCGGCCUCUGGUGUUCGGGCUCAGCUGCAUGCUACAGAGCAUCGUGUUGUGUUGUCCCAGUGCUCUGGUGUGGCAUUACUCUCUAACAGACAGCAGAAACAAAACUGGUUCACCUCUAGACCUGCUGCCCAUCGCUCCGUCCAGCCUACCAAUGCCAGGGGGAAAUACGGCCUUCACACAGCAGGUCCGUACAAAGUUGAGAGAAAUCGAGGAGCAAGUGAAGGAGCGAGGCCAGGCCGUGGAGUUCAGGUGGUCGUUUGACAAGUGUCAGGAGACCACAGCAGGCUUCACCAUCGGGAGGGUUCUCCACACCCUGGAGGUUUUAGACAACCACAGCUUUGAGAAGUCCGACUUUAACAACUCACUGGAUUCACUGUACAACCGAAUAUUCGGGUCAGGUCAGAGUAAAGAUGGCCAUGAGAUGUCCCCAGAUGAUGACGCGGUGGUGACCUUGCUUUGUGAAUGGGCCGUGUGCUGUAAACGCUCUGGCAGACACAGAGCCAUGGUGGUGGCCAAGCUGCUGGAAAAGAGACAGGCUGAAAUAGAAGCUGAGAGGUGUGGUGAGUCGGAGGUGGUGGACGAGAAGGGCUCCGUGUCAUCCGGCUCCCUCUCAGCCGCCACACUACCAGUCUUUCAGGAUGUGCUGCUACAGUUCCUCGAUACUCAGGCCCCCACACUGACGGAGCCCGGGAACGAAAGCGAGCGAGUGGAGUUCUCCAACCUGGUCCUGCUGUUCUGCGAGCUCAUCCGUCACGACGUCUUUUCCCACAACAUCUACAUGUGCACGCUCAUUUCCCGCGGCGACCUGGCUUCUGACUCCCACCUGCCGCGCCCGCGCUCCCCCAGCGACGAGCCCUCGGAUGAGUCAGAGCGCAAGGAGCAGGACGCAGGCAGCAGUGUCAAGAUGGAGGAUACCGGUCUGUCGGAGUCGAUGGAAAUCGAUCACAACUCCAGUGCUAAUUUUGACGAGAUGUUCUCUCCUCCGAUGCUCUGCGAGUCUAAAGGGAGCCCCUCCCCUGAGAAGCCAGCUCCAGAGCAGGACAGCAAGGCCGGCUGUAAGGACAAGGGCAUGGAUCCCGCCUUCCCUCAACUGUAUGAGCAACCUCGCCACAUUCAGUACGCCACUCACUUCCCUAUUCCUCAGGAGGAGAGCGCCAGCCACGAGUGCAACCAGCGGUUAGUGGUCCUCUACGGCGUGGGCAAACUGAGGGAUGAGGCGCGACACACCAUCAAGAAAAUCACCAAAGACAUCUUGAAGGUGCUGAACCGCAAAAGCACAGCAGAAACAGGAGGCGAGGAGGGACAAAAGAGGAAGAGGAGUAAGCCGGAGGCCUUUCCCACCGCAGAAGAUAUCUUCUCCAAAUUCCAGCACCUCUCCCACUUUGACCAGCACCAAGUCACCUCCCAGGUGUCCAGAAAUGUGCAGGAACAGAUCGCCAGCUUUGCCUUAGGGAUGUCUUAUCACCUGCCUCUCGUCCAGCACAUUCAGUUCAUCUUUGACCUCAUGGAGUAUUCCCUCAACAUUAGUGGCCUCAUAGACUUUGCUAUCCAGCUUCUGAAUGAGUUGAGUGUGGUGGAAGCCGAGCUGCUGCUGAAGUCAUCCAGCUUGGUGGGCAGCUACACCACCAGCCUGUGUUUGUGUAUCGUUGCUGUGCUGAGGAGGUACCACUCCUGCCUCAUUCUCAAUCCUGAGCAGACUGCGCAAGUCUUCGACGGGUUGCGCAUCGUGGUGAAAUCAGGUGUGAACCCGGCAGACUGUUCCUCUGCUGAGCGCUGUAUCUUGGCCUACCUGUACGACCUCUACACCUCCUGCAGCCACCUCAAGAACAAGUUUGGCGAGAUAUUCAUUGAGUUCUGCUCCAAAGUGAAAAACUCCAUCUAUUGCAACAUCGACCCUUCAGACUCCAACAUGCUUUGGGAUCCCGGGUUCAUGCUGGAGGCCAUCGCCAACCCCUCAGCCCACAACUUCAACCACUCCAUGGUGGGCAAGAUCCUCAACGACAGCCCGGCAAACCGCUACAGCUUCGUCUGUAACGUGCUCAUGGAUGUGUGCGUGGACCACAGAGACCCAGAGAGGGUGAACGAUAUUGGGAUCCUGUGUGCAGAGCUGACGGCGUAUUGUCGCUCACUGAGUGCUGAGUGGCUCGGCAUCCUCAAGGCUCUCUGCUGCUCCUCUAACAAUGGCAACUGUGGCUUCAAUGACUUGCUGUGUAACGUAGAUGUUAGUGAUUUGUCCUUCCAUGAUUCCCUGGCAACCUUCGUAGCCAUUCUCAUCGCUAGACAGUGCCUACUCCUGGAAGACCUGGUUCGCUGUGUGGCCAUUCCUUCCCUCCUCAAUGCAGCCUGCAGCGAGCAGGACUCCGAGCCCGGAGCCAGACUCACCUGCAGGAUUCUGUUGCACCUUUUCAAGACGCCGCAGCGUAACCCCGUCCCCCAAGAUGGUGUGAAGUCAGAUAAAUCCUCAGUUGGUAUCCGGUCGUCUUGUGAUCGCCACCUUCUCGCUGCUUCUCAGAACAGCAUAGUUGUUGGAGCGGUGUUUGCUGUCCUCAAAGCUGUCUUCAUGCUGGGUGAUGCUGAGCUAAGAGGCUCAGGACUGUCGCACCCUGCCGGCCUCGACGACAUAUCUGAAGGGCGCAAUGUCUCCAUAGAAACGGCCAGCUUGGAUGUAUAUGCAAAGUAUGUUCUGAAGACGAUCUGCCAGCAGGAGUGGGUUGGAGAGCGCUGCCUGAAGUCUCUGUCUGAGGACAGCAGUGCCCUCCAGGACCCGGUUCUGGUAAACAUUCAGGCCCAACGUCUCCUGCAGCUUAUCUGCUAUCCACAUCGCCAGCUGGACAGCGAUGACGGCGACAACCCUCAAAGGAAUCGCAUCAAACGCAUCCUACAGAACAUGGACCAAUGGACGAUGAGGCAGUCGUCCCUGGAGCUGCAGCUGAUGAUCAAACAGAGCGCAAACAAUGAGCUCUACUCGCUCUUGGAGAACAUCGCCAAGGCCACCAUAGAGGUGUUUCAGAAAUCAGCUGAGAUGAACAGUAACCCCUCAGGGAACGGAGCAGCGGCACAAGGCGGCUCAGCAUCCAACAACAACAGCACCGCCAGCAAGAUGAAGCCCAUUUUAAGCUCAUCAGAGCGGUCAGGUGUGUGGCUGGUGGCUCCGCUGAUAGCCAAGCUGCCCACCUCGGUUCAGGGUCAUGUACUGAAAGCAGCAGGAGAGGAGUUGGAGAAAGGACAGCACCUGGGCUCUUCCUCACGCAAGGAGAGGGACAGGCAGAAACAGAAAAGUAUGUCUCUGCUGAGCCAGCAGCCAUUCUUGUCUUUGGUGCUGACCUGCUUGAAGGGGCAGGAUGAACAGAGGGAAGGCCUUCUCACCUCCCUCUACAGCCAGGUGCAGCAGAUCGUCACCAACUGGAGGGAAGACCAGUACCAGGACGACUGCAAGGCGAAGCAAAUGAUGCACGAAGCUCUGAAACUACGACUGAAUCUCGUGGGUGGCAUGUUUGACACGGUGCAGCGCAGCACCCAGCAGACCACUGAGUGGGCGGUACUACUCCUUGACAUCAUCAGCAGCGGCACAGUGGACAUGCAGUCCAACAAUGAGCUCUUCACAACCGUGUUGGACAUGUUGAGCGUGUUGAUUAACGGCACGCUGGCUGCUGACAUGUCCAGUAUCUCUCAGGGCAGCAUGGAGGAGAAUAAGAGAGCCUAUAUGAACCUGGUCAAGAAGCUCAGGAAAGAGCUCGGGGAUCGGCAGUCAGAAAGUUUGGAAAAGGUUCGCCAGCUUUUGCCGCUGCCCAAGCAAACUCGGGACGUCAUAACCUGUGAACCUCAAGGCUCACUGAUAGACACAAAGGGCAACAAGAUCGCUGGAUUUGAGAAGGAGGGCCUUCAAGUAUCUACCAAACAGAAGAUUUCUCCCUGGGACGUCUUCGAGGGCCUCAAACACUCCGCCCCUCUCUCCUGGGGCUGGUUUGGUACGGUGCGCGUGGACCGCAAAGUCACCAAGUUUGAGGAGCAGCAGCGUUUCCUGCUCUACCACACCCACCUGAAGCCCAAACCACGCAGCUAUUACCUGGAGCCGCUGCCCCUGCCCCCCGAAGAGGAGGAGCCGCUGACGCCCGUCUCCCAGGAACCGGAGAAGAAGAUGAUGGAGGCCGUGAAGCCGGAGAAGCCCGUGCCCGCCUUGCCCACCGACACAAACAAGAAGAAAUCGAACAAGAAGAAGAAAACUCCGUCUGCCAAGACAGAGGACUAUGUGAACCGUGCACCAGGCGGCGUGGCCUACGGGACUAGUAUGCCACCUGAGCUGAUGCAGAACCACCCGUAUGGCAGGCUGCCGUACAGCCAGCCAAACAUGAGCAUGUACGCACAGAACCAGCCUCUACCUCCAGGAGGUCCAGGUUUAGAACCUCCAUACAGACCUGCUCGCAACCCACAGAUGAAGAUGAUGCCCACUCGGCCCGGCUACCCAGGCAUGAUGCCCGGUAUGCAGGGAAGCAUGCCGGGCAUGAUGGGACUGGACAAGCAAUACCCGAUGGGUUAUAAGCCUCAGCCGACCAUGCCACAGGGCCAGAUACUCCGACAGCAGUUACAGGUCAGACUGAAUCAGAGCAUGAUCGGGCAGCAGAUUAGACAAAUAACACCCAACCAACCGUAUACUUCAAUGCAGGCAUCUCAAAACAUAUCUCAGGGCUAUACCACGUACGCAUCACACAUGGGGAUGCAGCAGCAUCCGUCCCAAGGUGGUGGUAUAGUUCCGUCCUCCUACGGGAACCAGAACUUCCAGGGUGCCCAUCCUGGAGCCAACCCGGCUGUGGUGGAUCCUCUUCGGCAAAUGCAGCAAAGGCCCAGUGGUUACGUUCACCAGCAGGCUCCCGGCUACGCACACAAUAUGCAGAACACACAGAGGUUUGCCCACCAGCCCCUCCAGCAGAAUCCCAUCAUGCACGGUCUCAGUCACAUGGGAGGCCAGGGCGUCCAUCCAGGUUUGAGGCCCAAUCCGAUGCUGGCAGAACAACAGCAGCAGCAACAGCAGCAGCAACAGGCAGCACAGCAGCAGCAGCAGUACCUCAGACAACAAGCACUCAGACAGCAGCAGGCCCAACAAGUUCAACAACAACAACAACAACAACAACAGCAACAGCAACAACAGCAGCAGCAGCAGCAGCAGCAACAACAACAACAACAACAGCAACAACAACAGCAACAACAGCAGGUGCAGCCCCAGCAGGUUCCUCCUCAACAGCAGGUUCCACAGCAGCAGCAACAACAGCAGCAGCAACAGCAGCAGCAACAACAGGUGUCAGCGGGGCCACCGCCAGGCCAGCAACAGAACCAGGGCCUGGGCAUGCAGACACUGCCCCCCCAGCAACCCAUGGUAGGUCCAACCCAGCUGACAGGGAUCGUCAUUAGUCCAGGUUGUGUGACGAAUGAUGGUUUUCCACGACAAGGGAUGCAGCAGACUCAACAGCAGCAGCAGACUGCAGCUCUGGUCCGACAGCUGCAACAGCAACUUUCAAAUACACAACCAGGACAGGGCACCAAUUCAUAUUACUGAUCGUGCUUGUUCAUAGUAGUGUGUGUGUGAAGAAUAGGCCCUCAUCAUGUGGGGAGGCCCGGCUCUGUAGAUUGGCAGAUGAAUGUGUCCAGUCCCGUGUAGGCUGUUAGGAGGGGAGACUUUUCAAGGCACAACGGACCACCAAACCGAUGAACCAAAUCCCACCUCGACCAGUGAGGCAACGAUCCGGAAAAUAAUCUUGACUUCAGUCGUGUAAUUAUGGAUUAUCAAAAGGAGGGAUUCUGCUCUGAAGUAAACAGAUAAUGGUUAAUAAUGGAAAAGUCUAUGUAAAAAAGUACCAGAAAUUAUAAGAAUAAUGCAAUUUUUUAUUUUAUUUCAAUUUGUACAAUUUUUUCAGUUUCGUGUAUUUCUCAUUAAAAAAUCAUGUCAGUUUUU